GUGUGUGUGUGUGUGUGUGUGUGUGUGUGUGUGUGUGUGUUCAUACGUGCGUGUGUUUCAAAGAGAAGCAGGUGGGGGAAGUGAUUGGGUGUCAUAAUGAAGUGUCUGUUUGUGUGACACCGGGCUGUUGCAACCUUUCCAGUAAAGGGUGUCAUUUCUCCUCCAGCAACUCAAAACGAGAGAGAGGGAAAUAAGGGAGGUGCAGGACAACAUCUGCCCUGCUGACGGUUUCUCAAACACUCCCCACACACCCCAACAGGUCAGGCGUUAAAACACAAGUUCUUCUACGUGUGAGCUGCCACAAUGGUUGGAAACCAGUUGAGGAAUUUCCCGACCCUUCAUGUCAGCGGAGACACUGAACAUGUAAAGGGGCAUAUUCAAAUUUCCCCUUUUUACACUGUAGAUAUUAUGUACAGUACACGCCGAGCUUGUCCAGGCAGCCUCUUCAAGCCCGGUGUCCCCCUAAUCCUUGAACCCUGAACCUUCAGGGACUUAUCUGACGUCGCCAGUGAUUGAGUGUGAAAGACUGUAAGAGCUUGAAAUGGUGUUUAUACGAAUGUCAUAUCAUGUUAUAUACAAUUAAAGGUAUUUAUUUUAUACUUUUUAAUCCUCGAUUUAAACGUCUUCCAGGCUUUCCAGAUUAAUUGUCAAAAUAGUCUAUUUAUUCGCUUUUGUCAAAACGGCUUUAAUAACAAAAUGAAAAUAAAUGGUUGGUGAAUAAACCAGUAAUAUAGUUUCUGCUUGCGUUCUUUGUUUUUAUGUACCAUCUUUAAUCCUUAAUAUUUUAGUGUUAAUGUAAUAUGCCAGACUGAACACCCAUGUGCCAUCCUCUUUGUUUACCUUUUUUUUUUUUUUUUCUUACGUCUCCAGCUUCUACUGUUUAACGUCACGUUGCUAUGAAUUGUGGGUAAUUCUCAAAAUGUCUGCGAGAGAGCCCUCAAACACUCUGCGGUUUGACAGUGGGACCGCCCUAAACCCUCACGGACUUUGCUGGAAUGCGUAUCAAAGUCGGUGAGUGUGGCGAUUGGGCUUUAGAGUUUGGUCAGGGGGGCAACAAGUCAGUCAACCAAGUGUGGAAUUCUACACUGCAGUGUUGGUCUGACUGCUGCGGAUCCCGGUUUCUCAAAAUGUGGGCCAGACCCCUGAAAACAGGAAGUUGUUAUAGUAAGUAUAGUAAGGACCCUUACUAUACUACUAAUACUACGAAUCCAUUACUAUAAAUAUAAGUUCUAUAUGCAGUUCUGGACUGUGUUUUAGACCUGAGAAUAAUAAGGGAAAAACAGAUCAGUAUUGUUCAGUCCAGAAGCUAAAGACUGAACUUAUUCAAUGGCAGCCUCAGGCCAAGCAAAUAAACUGAUGUAAAACAUGGCAGCCUUUUGAACAGAGACUCAAAAAUGAUACUAGAAAACAGAAGCAUAAUGUCUCAAGAUGAAAUAGAGCUGCGUAAGAGAGUAACGGGGUGUUUACAUCCUGUUUGCCUAUUCAGCCGAGUGAGAGAAAAAGGGAAAGUUUUCCCUCUGAGUAGUUCCUCUCUGUUAUCUCUGGCUCUUUGCCAUUGAUGAUGAUGACGCCACGGUGGAAAGGGUGCAAACCUACACACUGUGUGUGUGUGUGUGUGUGUGUGACUCAUACACACAGUUACACACACUCGCACGCCGUGGAAAGAAUUUUCUUCCUUCCUUAAUUUUUUUUUUACCUCCCCUCACCGCCUGUGACUACUAUUACCCACCGCGACCAAAAUAAAUGAUAACUCAGCCAGCGAGUAGGCCUGAGUGCAUCAUGGUAGAGAAGAUGUACAACAUUGUUAUCUGAGGAAUCUAUAAACAGGCCUUGGAGCCUCUGGACUGAAUGAGCACACAGCGCUCAGUCUGCGUCACAGUUGUUCUGAUAAAGUCCGAAAUGAUCCGUGUGUAAUCAACCCACUUUGUGCGCACGCCGUCAUUAACUCUGAUGCAGAUAGGCCUCACACACACAUGUCCAUGUUGUUUUUUUGUUAUUCACACACACACAGGACGGCUGAUGAGACAUUAUGUUGUGGACCAUGGAGGAAGAGGAUGAGGUCAGCCUGCCUGUAGCUCAGUAAACAUGUUGAUCAGUAAAGACCUCUUAUGAACCAUAAUAUGAAUUCCUCUCCGUCCAUCGCUGCCUCUCUAGCUUACUUUAAUAACUGUUUGUGGAGACGCCAUAUCGGUUCCCUUGGCAACUGUUACCAAGGGAGCAGAGUCUCUUGUCUUGUUUAGUGCAUUUCUGAGCUAGUCAGUGUGUGUGUGGAAUAGAAUCACCUGGAGGGAGGAGGGAGGGGGAUUUUGCAGUUCUGACUUUGGGGAGGUUUUUUCUAUGAAAAGAGGCCGUAUGAAGAUCUGUUUCGUCCUGAGCUUUUCUUCGAUUUGUUAUUGGAAAUCAUCACCCAGAAACAGAAAUGUUUGGGGGCUUUUGAGGUUGCUCAAGUGUGGAAAUCGAGAGUGACGACAAUCAAGUCACCGUCAGUUGUUAGUUGUCGCCCACAUCCUCUUAGAUUUCCGGUUUGUCGGGAUUUACACGCCAUUUUCCUUUCUUUAGAGUUACUAGCUAGGUGUUGAGUCAUUCUUUUAUUCUGUCUCGCACACGCACAAAGCACCUCAAGACAGACGGAUACAUGCACACAAGUGUGUCGAGAAAUCCAGACUGAUGUUUCCUCUGUAACAAAGAGUUCCUGUGAGAAUGAAGCGGGGAGCACAAGUAACUGGGAGGGGUUAUCCAGCGCGCACACACACAACACACACACACACUGCCAUCAUAUGUCAUUCUCUUUUACCAGAAGCUAAAAAAAGAGCAGACAAGGCUUUUCACUUAACACCCAGGGUCCGAGGCAAGUAAGUGGCUUUAAAGUCAGUUGACUGUCUCGCUUGUGUUGACGAGGCUUGUGUUAGUCAUGAGUUGGCCACAUGUGCCGUUCACGCAGGAUGACUGUGUGUCUGAGGUGUAUUUUAGGAGUGAAACUGACCGGGUUUCUGAAUUGACUCUCCUCGUUUCACAUAAGUCACAUAAGUCACAUAAGAUCACUUUCAUCUAUUUCGUUAGAAUCAGAAAGAUUUUGCGGCUGCACUAAAAUACACAUACAUUUCAUAUCUUUGCAACAGGAAGCCUCAGCCUUCAAACCCCCUGCCCCCGCCCCCUUAUGGCCUCUCUCACACACACACACACACACACACCCCUUAGGGAGGCCUACUUCCUGCGGUUGUGACGAGAGCUUCCUCUCCCCUUCGAGCUCUGUUCCCCUUCUCUUUAGCGUCACACACACACGUGCAUCUGAUCUGUGAGUGAGAAACGGCGAUGCGCCACACUAACCCAGUUGUGUGUUAUCAUUCACAGGCCCAGAUGUCAGUGUGGUGACUGCAGCAGACAAAUGGGGCCUCUUGAUUUCAUGUUUUUCUACCAGCCCCCUUCCUCCUCGUCCUGUUUAUUUUUUCACUAACAGAUAAAAAUGUAGGGCAACUGUUUCUCAUAAGUGUUUCACUAAGGGUCGGAAAUCAGGUCUGGUCGACAGGUGACACCAACAGCCAAAACAAGACUGUGUUUUGUCAGUAGUUGCUAACCUAAAGCUUAUCGCUGUGGUUCCAAAUCGACUAAAUGUUGAUAUUGGAAGCAGCAACCCAGCAGUCAAAAUGUGAAUAUUUCUGAUCUUCCUCCCCCCGUGCGUUGGCCUGGAUGUAGAGCAGAUGUGAGGGAGUGCACAUAUAAGCCAGAGGAGCCAAAGUAAGACAAAUAAGAGCAUUUAUCUGGCCUGUUAUGGUGUGCUGGCAUGCUGCUGAGCGUGGACGUUCUGGGUAUAACUGGGUGAAAGGUUCGGUCAGAGCUCCUCACCCUGAAAGGAGGGUUGUGUUGUUUGGUUGGAUGCUUGCAGGAGAUAAUCGUCCGUCAUGGAGGUCGGAUGCCUCAGUGUUAGUGUGCAGGAACAGUGUUUGCUUGCCGUGUCCUCGGCUGACCCACCCUGCCCUGUGUGUGAUGGCUGGAGCAACUCGGAUUUUCUCUGUGCGUGUGCAUGCGCGCGUGUGUGUGUGUAAUUGUGUAAGGAUGUGGAUGUGAUGAAGUUAGACUGCAUCGCCGUCACGGAACAGCAUGCACAGACGUUUGCACAUGCACAAACAAAUAAACACACACACACACACACACGGGGGCCUGGCAACGAGCUGAGGGGGGGACGGAUGCAGAGGCUGGGUGUUCCUCUGUGUGUGUCAGAGAGAGAGAGAGAAAUGCAUCUAGCUGGGGUGGUUAUGUAAUGACCAAAUGCUCUAUAGAGGGCGAGGGAGGACAGAACGAGACAUGGAGAGAGAGAGGGACGGAGACAGGACCUUGCAUGGCCUUUCCCUCGUUCUCUGCCAGAAAGUCAUCGCUGCCAGAACUUUUCCCUCGCUUAGUUUUCUGUUAUCUGCCACUUCUCCCAGCCUUAUCUGGUCAUUUCUCAUAAGAGAGACUCUACAGUGACUUCACCAGGACAGUAACACUCCCCAGCUGCCUGUUAGUUGUCAGUGGUCUCAUCCUCAGGGGGGGGGGGUUGUCAUAUAGUCACUCCAGCACACUGUAUGUUUACCCGUAAUAUUGAUUACCACCACUAAGUAGAAGGUUUUUUUUGCAGUUACUGCGUCCCCUCUAUGUUCCUCUCAUGGCCUCAGUGUGGUUGUCUAGCAGGGGACCAGAGCAGGCCAGUAGUUGACAGGGAGGAGUGUGGGUGAAUAAAUUAAAGUCUACUGCACAGAGACAGACGUCAUCUAAACAUCUUCAUUUCAGCCAUUUGUUAGUAGUGACUACGCAAGUUUCCCCGUGCACAGCCACAAGUGUAUGCCUCUGGUUUUUGUGUCACAUGGGAUCAUGGUGGAUUCAUUUAUUUAGUUUGUGUGUUUUCUUUAGAUGCCACAAGGUGCUCCUUUAUUUUGAGUGAGGGAGUGUGUUGACAUGAGCAGCUCUUUGAUGUCUUGUGUCAGUGUGAGAUUGUACUUGAAGAUGUACCGUGGGGCUAUUUUUGACGGUGAAUUGCGUCAUCUGUUUGGUAUAAAUUGAUGGAUAUGUCAGCUGUGUAUACUUUCACUGAGGAGACGAGCAAAACGGUAACAAAAGUCCUUAAAUGACUUCACUGACUGUACUCUGUUGUACAGAGAAACACUACAGCUUGUUGUGGUUAGAUUGAGGUGAAAGUGACUAAAGCGUGUGCAGCAUGCUGAAGCUGAAUAAUAGUUGUAUUAAUUAAAUUCUAACUUUUCCGAUUUGACAACAACCUGACGGUAAUCAAAAGAUUGAUCGACAGGUUCCAGGAAUUUGCCUCGUCAUUUCGCUUGAAUAACUCUGGAAGUUUGAUUAUUUUCUCGGCCGUGACCCCCCGCAGCUCAUCAUCACAUCCUGUUUGUCUAUCCAAACACACAUACACACUCAACCCAUGCUGCGCACUGAAUAGGAAGCCGAAAUGACAUCACGAAGUCCAAGAAUUCCCCGCUGUUGUCACAUUUGAAGCGGUGCAGAAACACGCCCCCGGUCACCUGACUGUAAGUGGUGUCCCAGGAGGGCGGAGUUGAGGGCCAGCGGUUUGGGGUAAGUCCUCUCACAGGGCGCUGAGUCACCGGGGGGGGUUCCCCGAAAAAAGUAAUACGUAAUGCUCGCUCACACACACUCUCACUGUUUCCUCCAUACACAUACAGUACUGAACACUAUCUCAUAGCCGGUGAAACCACAUUUCAUCACUUUGGUAUCAUCAGAUAGAACCUAGGCUGGUAUGUAACACUGUCUGCCGUCUGUGUACACGCUCUGGUUUCAGGGUACUGAGUUUCUCACACUGUGCUGGUAGAGCGGCUGUGAGCAAUGUGAUAGCCAGGGUAGCAACUGUAAGAGACGACCGUUUGGUCACAACAGACAUAAACACACACUCUGUAGAAAAGUGGUAAUUACAACUUCGCCACUGCGUCCCUGUCCCAGUCACGACUUGGUCUCUUGCUAGAGUUCUCUUUCUUCAUUUGUCUAUUUUCAAAGUCACACUUUCCUUCCCUCUUUCCUUUUCUCCAUUAUGCCAUGUGUUUAACUAUUUUACCGUUUCCCCAGCGCUGCUCUUUCACAUGUGAUAGUUGACGUUGCUGGCCCAGCUCUUCCUGUUAGAGCGAGAUCAGCCUUGUUUGUGUGUCUGCCCGACUGUUAAGCUGCACAGUUAGUCUCACCGUCGUGUCUGCGUGGGAAGAGAAAGAGAGUGAGCGAACAAGAGCCCCCUGCGCUCCCAUUGAGUCAGCCUCCCUGCUGAUUUACCCCUUCGCCACCCUCAGGUUUUUCACCGUGCUCUGAAACCAGGUGUCACCUCAGAAGUCAGGCGGGUUUGGUGACGCAGGAGAAGCAGCAGCAGCAGCACAAAGGGGUUUUUGGUCCACAUUGAAAGCAAAGACCACCCUCCGCCCUGAAUUAUAUUAAAUGAAGGCGUCGUAUAUCAUCAGUCCUCCGAGUACAUUGUUUGAUGUGGCUUCACAUUGUUUUUAUGACAGCUUGACAUGAAUGUUUUGUCUUCUCUGUCUUUCAGGGUCGAGGAGACCCAAGAGAGUUGAUUGGCAGCCGGAGCCGAGACAUAACACAAGUGUGAAUCAAUAACUUGGUGCUACUCUAAAAGUUAACAGGCUUUGGGUUCCUGGUGCUUAAGACUGAGGAGUCGGACAGCACAGAUAUUCUCAGUGUUGGAGUGAGGCCCUCUCUGUGCUGCAGUGGAGGGCUUCACAGAUACAGCUAGUCUGGCUGGAUGCAUCACGCAGUAGAGCAGUUUGGCGGGCGUGGCACACGGGAUUCCUUCUCUCUGGACGGACUCAACCGGGGACCAUGGGCUCCUGUGGGCGGCCGCGCCUGGCAGCCAUCUGCCAGGUGUUCACCUGGAAUGAACCAACACCAGCUCCUUUCCCAUCUACCUCCUGGUCCCAUGGGUGGACUGAACCAUCCCAGUAAAUUCUUCAGUAAUGGACCCAUGCGAGGAAGUGAGAAGCUUGAGCUCCCACAGCCAAUGUUACCAGGUCUGCAGAGGGAGCAGCAGAGACCACCUCCUCAUCAUCUUCACCCUCCACCCCCCCACAGAGCUUGGGAGCAACUAGGUCAGCUGUAUGAAUCCCAUCUCCCUCCUCAAGGACACCCUGUUGUGCCACUGCCCAAUGAGCACUCACUUCGUCUCCAUAAUGGAGGCUAUGCAGGAAGCGGCGGCCCUCCCCCCAACCCCCAUCUUCCCCCCAUCAGACCAAACCAACUGCUGAAGUUUGGGGGUCCCCAAGAGCAGCAUGUUCCCCGGGGUCCACCACUGCUGGGAGAUGAGUUGUGGGCUCAGGUGCACCAGCAGAGGGGCUACCCAGGGAAGAUGGUAGGGGGUCAGCUAAAGAGACCAGGCCCUCCACUGGGAGAGCACUCCGUCAUCCAGCACACUCCUCCACCAUCCAUGCACCCAUCCUCCCGCCCAGCUGUAGAGGACUGUCCCAGCCCCAGCAAGAGGAAAAAGAGUUCAGAUCAGAUAUCCCAUCCUGGUCUGCAUCGUUUCCCUGGCCAGUCUUUGCUAUCUCAGCAUCAGUCAUCAAUGCACCACCUCCCUCCAAAAGCUGCCUUCUGGAACCCCCUUCACAAGAACAGCACUCCUUGGCAGCCACAGACUUCUGACCGCACCAACCCACAAUCGCAGGAGUUCCAGCUCCGAACAGAAUCCAACAAACAAGGAAUGGGUAACUAUGGCCAAAAGUCCGCUCCUGCCUCCUCCACCCCUUUAAACCUCUCCCCUCCACCAAACUCCUCCCCGGGAGGCUACAACCACGGAUGUGCUCCUCAGCUCCAGAAAGAUGCAUUCCAACCUCAGGCUGUAAACCAGCAGUCCCCUCCCUCGUCCUACCCCAGUCCCAGCUCCAAGCUAGGGCAAGCUCCACCCUGCCAGGCCAUGGAGCCUCGUGGUCCUCACAACCAGAGAGGCCCUCCUUUUAGGAUCCAAGGUGGCAGCCAAGCUACCUCUCACACGGCAUCAACCCCAACCAGGGGAGACAGAGAACAACACUUGCAUGCCCAAUCGUCACCAGCAAACCCUCCUGCAACCAGCAACAACAGCAGCAGCAGCAGUGUGCCUUACAGCCACUUCCAGCCUCAUCCAGGGCUGGGGCACAAGGGUCCUCCACCUCCUCCUCCACCUCCUCCUGCCAGCAGCACCUCAGUACCUCAGCAUUUGCAAAGUGGGCUCCAUGAAGCCUGGAGAUACCAGAGCAGGCCCAGCAGUCACUCUGCAGAGUCGGGCAUUUACAGGCCUCCAGGGCUGCUACCUCAGCGCCAGCAGAGCCACAAUCACGUCGUGGAUAGUCGUGUUCCUGGUCCUUCCCAGCAUCACCAUCAUGUCAGCCCUCUUCUGCCCCCAACCAACUCAACUCGAACACCUGUCAUCACUGCCAAUCUUCCCAUAUCCCAGAGCUCUUGCCCCACCAGUGGCUAUAGCAACAGCAGGAUAUCUAGUAGUGUAACUAUGGCUGGUGUGUCCAGGGUGCCCACAUCGCCCCCUGCUGGUUGCUCAGUGAACAAUGGCAGCAGUAACAGCAGUUGGCAGAGAGGAAGAGAAUCUGUACCCCAAACCUCCACCCGUGGUGUCACUAGCACCGCCUCUCAGCUGGAUGCUCUGCUGCAGCCAGGAUGUCAGAGAGGCCAAACUGCCCCUGCCAAUCAGCAGGGGCUGCCCAGACCACACCAACAGGAACCCACCAAGUCCCGCCCUAUAAAGGGGAAGGUGUCCUGCUAUGCUCAGGGUGAAAUAGAGCAACCCCCUGCAUUUUCCUCAUCAUCUUCUUUGUUCUCCUCACGGCACCAGAGGGUAGGGGACAGUGUGAUUACAAGUAGAGUUUCAAAUCCUCUUCCUGGUUCUCCUAUUAAAUACCAAUCAGCUCCACGCUCCACUGCCAACACUGCACCUCAGCCGUCCCAUCCAGCCCUCUCCUCCAGACUGGGUCAGUCAGAGUUUGCCUCGACACAGGCGUACUCUCAGCCCCAGAUUCGUCCACCAGCUCCGACCUCUGUCCCUCAGUCCAUCGAAGAGGCUCUAGACAAGCUCGAUGCAGAGCUAGAGGGUCACAUGCAAGCUGAGGAAAGGAGAAAAAGGGACAGAGAGGAGCAAGAGAGGCGGAAAAAAGAAUGGGAGAUGAGACAAAAGCGGGACGAGGAGAGAAAGAGGAAGGAGCUGGAGAAGGAGGAGGAGAGGAAGAAGAGGGAACUGGAUAGACAGGAGGAGGAGAGGAGAAGGAGAGAAUGGGAGAGGCAGGAGCAGGAGAGAAAGAGGAGGAGAUAA